AUGUUUAAAGCCAUGGAAAGUCUGACACCCCACAAACGGGAACUGCAAGGCAGCACCAGCAACCCGGCACUUGACGAGCCCUCCCCGUUACAAGACAGCUUGAUGACAACGCCAGCUAGUCAUAGUAGUGUUUUCCAGAAAGACCUGAGGUUGCUUGAGGAUGAAUUCCUGGCGUUGGAAAAGAAGAAUCUAUCAAAGCAGAGAUACCAAACAUUCAAGGUGACCUUCAGGAAAUACGGUCUAAUUCACAUAAUCAGGUGGUCUCCGUUCUGGGACAGGCCCCUCCCACCUAUCUACACAUACACCUUACAGGCCCCUCCCAUCAAUAUAUACAGCUUACAGACCCCUCCCACCUACACAUACCGCUUACAGGCCCCUCCCAUCAAUAUAUACAGCUUACAAACCCCUCCCAUCUACACAUACAGCUUACAGGCACCUCCCACCUACACAUACAGCUUACAGGCCCCUCCCACCUACACAUACAGCUUACAGGCCCCUCCAAUCUAUACAUACAGCUUACAGACCCCUCCCAUCUACACAUACAGCUUACAGGCCCCUCCCAUCAAUAUAUACAGCUUACAGGCCCCUCCCAUCUAUACAUACAGCUUACAGGCCCCUCCCACCUACACAUACAGCUUACAGGCCCCUCCCAUCAAUAUAUACAGCUUACAGGCCCCUCCCAUCAAUAUAUACAGCUUAGAGGCCCCUCCCAUCAAUAUAUACAGCUUACAGGCCCCUCCCAUCAAUAUAUACAGCUUACAGGCCCCUCCCACCUACACAUACAGCUUACAGGCCCCUCCCAUCAAUAUAUACAGCUUGCAGGCCCCUCCAAUCAAUAUAUACAGCUUACAGGCCCCUCCCAUCAAUAUAUACAGCUUACAGGCCCCUCCCACCUACACAUACAGCUUACAGGCCCCUCCCACCUACACAUACAGCUUGCAGGCCCCUCCCAUCAAUAUAUACAGCUUACGGGCCCCUCCCACCUACACAUACAGCUUACAGGCCCCUCCCAUCAAUAUAUACAGCUUACAGGCCCCUCCCAUCAAUAUAUACAGCUUACAGGCCUGCUCCCAUCUAUACAUACAGCUUACAGGCCCCUCCCACCUACAUGUACAGCUUACAGACCCCUCCCAUCUAUACAUACAGCUUACAGGCCCCUCCCACCUAUCUACACAUACAGCUUACAGGCCCCUCCCAUCUAUACAUACAGCUUACAGGCCCCCCACCCACCUACACAUACAGCUUACAGGCCCCCCACCCACCUACACAUACAGCUUACAGGCCCCUCCCAUCUAUACAUACAGCUUACAGGCCCCUCCCAUCAAUACAUACAGCUUAAAGGCCCCUCCCAUCUAUACAUACAGCUUACAGGCUCCUCCCAUCUAUAUAUACAGCUUACAGACCCCUCCCAUCUAUAUAUACAGCUAA